AUGUGGGAAGCCCACCAGCCCACCCACCGCGUGUGGACCGCCCACCAGCAACAACUCCUUGGCUUCGGUCUUUCCUUUGCCUUCCGCCCUCACCCCCUUACCUCCAUCGACAUUAUUUCAUCCUUCGACCGUUUCAUCUCUUCACAUAGAAAUUCCUUGCCUGAUGUCUCUCUCCUUCGUGGUGCUUUCAUCCCGGCCCUCAAAUCUCUCCUCCAUCCUAAGUCUUCCAUUCCCAGGCGUUACCGCGAGGCCCUUCAAAGCUUGCGCAAGGAGGAGGUCACCAGUUUGCCUUCUGACAAGGGCAACUCGGUGGUGGUCCUCGACCGUGCCUCCUACCUGCAGAAGGCCCGUGACCUGUUGAACGACGCCUCCACCUAUGCCCCCCUGACCAGCGACCCCCGGGAACGUAUUGCUGCUACUUUCCACCGUCGCCUGAAAGCGAUAGCAGCUCGUUUCCCGGAGGCGAACCUCUACCAGAGGUUCAGGGUCAUCAACCCUCGCCCCCCUCACUUCUAUGGGCUUCCCAAAACCCAUAAGCCAGCCGUGCCUCUGCGCCCCAUCAUCUCUUCCCGGGGAUCUGUGACGCACCCUCUGGCAGCUUGGCUGGCGAAGUCCCUCACUCCCCUUCUCGGCACCUUCUCUCCUGCUCACCCCCGCCACUCUCAGGACUUCAUCUCCCGUGUCCGUGGAGUCCCGCCGGCGACCAUGAUGAACUUGGAUGUAGACUCCUUGUUCACCAAGGUCCCGCUGGAUGACGUCCUUGCUUUCCUUGAGAGGAAGCUCCCCCUAGAGGAUCCUCGUCUCCCUCUGCCCACAGACGUCUUCCUCCAGCUGAUUCGUCUGUGUGUGGAGUCGAAUUCCUUCUCCUUUGAGGGUCGCUUCUACUCCCAGACCUUCGGCGUGGCCAUGGGCUCUCCCCUCUCUCCGGUCUUGGCUAACCUGUUUAUGGAAUUCUUCGAGUCCGAACUUCUCCCUUCCGUCUCCCUUCGUCCGACGGUAUGGCUGAGGUAUGUUGACGACGUCUUCGCUCUCUGGCCUCAUGACCCUGCCCAGUUCUCGGACUUCCUGAUCCAGCUGAACUCCCUCUCCCCUUCCAUCCGUUUCAAGGUGGAAUGUGAGGCUGACAACAAGCUCCCCUUCUUGGACACCUUGGUACAUCGCUCUGCUGACCAUUUUUCUUUCUCCAUAUACAGGAAGCCCAUGCAUAGUGGUAUGUACAUACACUUCUUCUCAUACCAUCCCUUCCAUGUAAAGAGAGGUGUUGCCACUUCGCUGUUCCUCCGCGCCCUCCGUAUCUGUGACCCCCAAUACCUGGAUGGAGAGAUCGACUUCCUGCGUCGUUCGUUCUCCAAACUGGGCUAUCCUCGUCAUGUUCUCGACGCCGCGUUAUCCAGGGCACGGCGUACCUUCUACCACGACCCCCCCCUUAAAGAGACUCCUCAACUGCCCGUUCUCAGCCUGCCCUACACUGAGGAGAUCUACUCUCUCCGCCGCCCUCUUCACACUCUCAACUGCAGGCUGAUCUUUCGCCAGGUGAACACCCUCCGCCGUAACCUGGUCCACACCAGCCCAGCCUCUUCCUCGAAGGUGGGCACCUAUGCUAUUCCUUGUACCUCCUGUGACAAACAAUACUUUGGCGAGACGGGCGCCAGUCUCACUAAGCGCCUGUCUCAACAUAAGUACGCUGUUUCCAGGGGGCACAACAACAACGCUCUCUUCUGCCAUCAGUGGGAUACAGGCCAUCUGAUGGACUGGUCAGCGGCGCGAAUUAUCUUUCCUUCCGCUGACGCCAACGACCGCAGACUGGUGGAAUCUUCCCUAAUUAAGCUGCUUCCCAAUUUCAACCUGAACAGCGGCUUUUCUCCUGCUGACAGUCUCCUCGCUUCCCACAUCCUUCGCCUUCUCCCGUAUGCUGGCCACCCUUCACACAGUCCGCCC